UUGGAUAAGCUUGGUUUUGGAAUGUUUUUAUAAAGAAGUGAAUAGUGAUAUAGAACUAGAGCCUAGGAAAGAAAGAUGGUAGAUAACAAGAGGCAUUUCGUUUUGGUUCAUGGAGCUUCCCAUGGAGCAUGGUGUUGGUACAAGCUUGUUACUCUGUUGGAAUCUUCUGGCCAUAAAGUCACUACAUUAGACCUGGCUGCUUCUGGAAUCCAUCCAAAACAAGUGAAUGAGGUUGAUUCUGUUGCAGAUUAUUAUGAACCAUUGAUUCAACUUGUUAGGUCAUUGCCACAAGAGGAGAGGAUAAUCCUUGUGGGUCAUAGCUUUGGUGGCAUUUGUACAUCUAUGGCUAUGGAAUUUUUUCCAAACAAAAUAGCAGUUUCUGUAUUAGUUGCAUCUAAAGUGUUUUCUACUGAGGAGGGUUCCUCCAACUCUGAAUCAAAGAUUUUAUUUGGCAUUAGGAUUAGCUCAAAUAAUAAAUCAAAUGGAUCCAUACUAUUACCCCCAGAAUACAUGAAAUCCCAUAUGUAUCAACUAUCUCCACCUGAGGACUUUUCUCUUGCAAUGACAUUAGUAAGGCCUAUAAGUACAUUUGAUGAUAAGUUCAAAGAGCAAACAAAGGUCACAAAAGAUAAUUACGGAACUGUUGCUAAAGUUUGCGUUGUGUGUCGAGAAGACAAAUUGGCAACGUAUGAAUCUCAAAUGGCAAUGAUUGAACAAAAUCCUGUGAAUGAUUUCAGAGUGAUUCCUGAUGCUGAUCACAUGGUCAUGUUCUCUAAACCUCAAGAGCUUUUUGCAUAUUUUCAAGAAAUCGCAAAGACAUAUUAUUAGCAAUUUAGUAAGGCAUGACAAGUGAAGCUUCAAUUAGAGUCAGCCAGAUCACUUCCUAAAGCCAGUGUUUCAGACAGGACAGCUCAUCCUCGUUGCUGAUUAGCCAUUAUGCCAUGUUUCCUUUCUGUUUGCAUUUCCCUUUUGACUGUAUUUGCUAUUUUGCUUUCAAAUUCUGUUUGUACUUUCAUGUUGAUUUUAAUAAAAUAAGCAUUGCAAUGUUUUGAGUCAA